ACACAAGGCGCGCGCUUUAAUAAAGACACUGCGCUCCCCGUACUCAAGCAGGAGUAAUCAUGGUGAAUCUUUACUAGUUUCCCUGGCCAGCAAUCUGCGUGAACCAUCCUCCGUUUCAGAGAGACAAGACGAGAGACGGGAGAAAGAGCUUGGAUGAUAAACAUAGGGAUCAUUAUCGUUCACUGAUGCGGGCAACCAUCAUCCCUCGGUGCUCCGGCGUUUGAUCAGCAUCUGGGUAGUACAGCGCCAUUGGCAGAGCGCUUUAAAAUCCUCUUGGGGCAAUACUAAACAUCGUCUGAACGCAGAAAGAAUACGGUGAACUAGCAUUUGAUUCAUCAUUAAGAGUUGUUUUAAACAUCAGGCAUUGCAAUUUGAGGCCAGUGCAUUCAUAAACCGCUGAUGCCGUACAGAUCUCCAUUCACACAUCUUUCCGGGAUGCACUGCUGGUCGUUAAUCAUCCUCACUAUUGAUCAGGACGAUACUUACGUCAUCCACCCUCGCACUUCCAGAAAACGAGCCGCACAUCAUCCUUUAAGCAUACACCACCUGAAGCCGUCUGCAUCAAAACGACUCUGAAAUAACUGUGGUCUGACUAAGACACUAUAGAAGGAGGAAGACUGUGGUUUAUCUCUACACAAGUGAAUUGAUUUACGAAAAGGACUGACGUAAAGGGAUAGAAAAACGAUGUAUUUAUCGUCUGCUUGUAGUGCUUUAUGAAAUUGGCGCCUCGACACAUCAGAAGUAGGAUUGCCGCUUCAUCGUGUGUCAUAUGAUAACAAGCUACCUUAGUUAUAGAAAGCUAGUCUCAUUCUGAAAAAAAAACUGACCUCGAACAUGCUGAAUACUUCGUCAUUCAUCUCCUUACAAUACUUUCGGAUGUGGUGAGAGCAUUCGAAAUGAGAGCACUGUAUCCUUCCCGGAUCUACUUUCCAUGUGUGAUUGUUCUUCAUGAGAGUAGAAGCCAUUUACCAUUACAUUAUGCGUUCUACCGGGUUUCAGAUUAAUACAAAUUGUAAUUUCGUGAUCUAAAACGAUUCUCUUCGAUUGCUAUAGGAGUUGUGUAUGAUUGCUUUUCUUCAUAUUCAUCAAUCUACCUAGAUAUGAUUGAAGCUUGAUUAUGCUGAUACUAUAUUCAACGUUAAGGUAUUACCAUGGUGCUUGAUGCAACUUAAGUGCAGAAUUAGCAAUUACUUAACUGGAAUUUAUUUGUGAUUACUUGACCAGAAGCAAGGCCUCACUAACCAUAUUUCAAGUGCCAUCUCUUGUGUACGUCACUCACUGAUGUCAUUUUGCUCGCUGGAACAUAAUUUGAAAUUCUGAAUUGAUUUGUAGGCAACCCACGCAAGAACGGUGUGUGAUUUUUUCUUUUUCAAAAUAUCUUGCUUCGCAGGAUACAUCGAUUCAUUCAAAAUAUUAUUCCGUGCCUUUGUAUUUUCAGUUUGGAUUAACUGCGGAAUAUAGGAAAUUUUCUUCUAAGUGGAAACAACCAAAUUAAAUAGUCAAGAUGGAAGGCCACGACGAAAGUAGCAAAGAUAGUCCGGGAACAUCCCUUGGCGAUGAAAGCAGCGGAUCGCAUGGUCCAAACAAAGCCCCGCGACAUGUGCCUUCAACGUCAAAGGAAAGUCCAGUUGUAGCUAGACGGAAGAUAACACGCCCACCACGUCUUGAGAGCGUGUCAGAGAGCGAAGUCAGCUCAAAUGUCGAAUCCCCGUCGUCAAGUUCAGAGUGGGGUGUCAGGUCCUACCUUCAUAAUUUCUACGAGCCCGAGAGAGGGAUGCGAAGCAAGGAUGAUCUGUUCCUUGGGGCUGAUCACCAAUCAUCCAUGAAGGACAGUCGCCAUGAUUCCUGCUCUACUCAGUGUUGGAGAAGACGGUGUGCCUGUGCUGCACAUUGGUGGAAAGCGGGCGUUUUUGUCGGUGUGAAUAUUCUAAUCCUAGCGGUGCUUGCUCUGUUGAUUGGUUACCUGGUAAAACCAAGACAGGAUAUUGUGGACUAUCGGGCUGACGUCGCCGUGGUAGAUCAGGAGGAUGCAGCAUUCAAUCGCAAACUCGAAGCAGCGAAACUCGCAGGGCUUAUCAUGCUGUGUGUUGGAGGAUUCAUUGUCGCUAUCUCUCUGCUGAUUCCUAGUGUGCUAACCUCUUCGUCCGAAAGUGCCGGGCAUCCAAGCGGGAUAAAUAUUGAUCCUGAUGACAACUUCCCACCGUACCUGCCCUUGAAGACUACAGACGACCCAACGGCCGAAGAUGGGAUACCUUAUACUUCCGAACUGUCCAACGUGCAACCGCAAAGGUCAGGGACAGAAUCAGUAGUAGCCGGUAAAGGAAUGAUUAAAGUUCAGGCCAGUUGAAACUUUGCUGUAUUGCGAAAGCUGAAACAGGCCUAUGCGGCUAAGAAUUAAGUUAAGUUGUAAGUAAAAAAUUGCUGUCAUUACGACGAAGCAUUGGAAUUGGUCAGAGGUUCCCAGAAUGUUCAAAACAUUCCUUUAAAGUAUACAUGUAUUCUUCAUUUCAUUAUGAAAAUAAUUUCAUAACUCAGAGUGAACUGGAAAUUUGUACAAUCGCUUUUAUACAGUAUUAUUCUUUAAACCAUAACGUAUUAUUGAAUUCGAAGUGUUUUAAAAUUGUUGGUAAUGUACCAUGACUUGGGUUGAUUUAGCAAAACUUUGGAAAAAAUUUUGAAGGAUCUUAAUGUAUUCACAUAUUGAAUUAAAAUCAUUAUGUUGGCAUAUGCUUACGCCAGUUGUAACGUUUGGCUGAAUGCAAAACAAUGUCGAUGGUUUACAGGUUUUUCCCUAAGCAGAGGCAAACGGUUUUUUAUUAAAGUUUGUGCAAAAGAAAUGCACGCAAUCCCAUAAAAAUAAUGUUCUGAAAAUAUUUUUCUGUUCAUGUACCCAAAAGUAAGCACGAGGUUAUGCGCAAGUACAUAAAAGGGAAAACAACAGACGAUUCAGAUAGGUGUUGAGACAUUUAAUAAAUCAUACUGGCGAUGCUUAUUCCAAAAUGUCGACAUCAAACGCGAAUCAGAAGAUAGUGAAUACUGAAGCUGACAGUAAAAAAAUAAAAGGUGUCGAUAUUUUAGAGGUUGCUCGAAAAUGUGUUUCAGAGCAUACAUGUACGUUCUUCUUACUGAUCAUGUUAGACUUUAAGAAAGAUCGUGUGGUAUUGAUGGGAAGCAAAGAAAGUAUUACUAAAAAUGAGGACAGCAUGUGAUCCUGUCUCCAUCAACAUAUCUCCCACGAUAUAUUGAGUCAAGUCCAAACUGUCGCUCAAGACAAAGCGAACACUUAUAUUCACGAAGCAAAGCAUUUUCAUAAGUAGCUUAUAUUUACUUUUUGCUUCCAACUCACCUCAAGCGAGCAUUUGAUUUUGGUUUCAACAAUAAGAACCAUGUUGGUGUGAACAUUGUAAGAGAAAUGCAAUUAAUCUAAUCAUAGAUGGGGCAUUUAUAUCAAACAAAUAUAUCAUAUUUCAAGCAAAAGGUUAUCAAACACCGGUGGCUAAAAGGGUUUCAUUUGCAACUUCUUAUGAGUACAGCGCAAUGUUCACUGGUCCAUUGUUAAAAGGGACAAUCAUCAAUUUAAUGGUCUUUUUGACAAUUAGUGUGAUUGUUCAGAUGGCAUAAUGUUUCUUUAAUUAGACCCCCUAGGAUUUUUUUUGUGCAACUCGAACACCGUCCAUAGAAGAUAAUUUCAUCAUCAAGUGGCUUGUUGCCAUGGAUGGGAGUCAAGUUGAUGAAUCCUACGGGCGGGUGCCUCUCGGGAAACGUUUAAUGAAGAAAAUAGUCAUGGAUUUUCACUUAAUAAUCUGCUCUGAGCCAAUCAGAUACACAGAUUAAAGUAGCUUAUAACAGUUUUCUGUGCACAUGAUUGACUCUUUCAUCUGUUCCAUGAAGUACUCUCUAUGCCUAUUAUGUGCUAUGAUAUACACCAGUAUUGAUUUAUUGAUUGUUAGAGCAGAGAUUCUGUUACUGAGGUCCACGGAUUGAAUGGAAUGACUGGACAAUAAGAUGAAGAUGUGAUUAUGAAAGGGCAUCGCUUUUGCUACCUUUACACCAACGACCAAUGGGAGCACUUUCUCAUUGGAAAUAACGUUAUAGCUUAUCAUUCAGUUUCGUUAGUGUGAGUGAUCUGUUAUUGCGAAUGGUCGAUACAAUUACUUAAAUAAAAAGGAAUCCACGAAGUAAUGACUGUUUUAUUUCUAACAAAACUGCUACGAUCUUUUUAUUUCAAAAUUUGUAGUAAAAAAAAAAUCUUAUUUCUAUACCUACGGGGAUUCCAAAUUUUACAAGAAGGUAAUGUGAUUUAGGUACUGGCAAUCACUUUAUUUCUGCAAAUAAAUAGAAUGACUAAACUGUCAUCUAUUUAA